ACGGAAUUUACUUGAUAAUCGCGAUAUCAGCGACCAUCGGGGUACAUGGCAGCGGUGUUCCCUCACAACACUGUCUGGGGUUAUUUGCCGUGGUCUGCGGGCAUCCCAGGGCCUUUCCGCUAGGCAUCUUUUUGGAAAAUGAAGCUCGCUGCCCGAAUCAGAUAGGAGCCGGCUCCCAACACAGACAGCACAUGGCCAAGAUAGUCUUCGUCCACGAUUCAGGUCCUAAUGCUUCCCGUAAAGACCGAGAGCUCGCCCGAUCCGAAGCACGAUCGCACGCCGCUCGUGUCUCUCACCGGGGCCGGAAGAGGCCGAAUCAUCCACCGGUGCCCAGAUCCCAAAACGUCCAACCAGCCGGUCCAUUGUUACCCAAUGCGACGCACAUAACUCCCCUGCUCCAUGACGAGGAGACGAGCGCCUCGGACUCAGACGCGUCGCCGUCCUCGUCAUGUAGCACGUCGUCGUCGGACACGGAUGCCUCGAUUGCAGAGUCUGCCAUCUCGUCAUCAUCAUCGAUCCUGGGGCGAGGCAACUCAGACCCUUUCGAAGCUCUACCAAUCCCCGUCAACUCGAGGACGAACCAGAUCCUGUCGUUCUUGAAAAAUGUCUACCUCCCUUCAAUCUACCGUGUCGGUCCGUUUGACAGCGAAACGAGCUAUGGAAGCCUGGCCGCCAGAGCCGAGUGGUCCCGACUCACGACCGCCCUCUAUAUCGAAUCAUCGGGUCUCGCAGUCUUCUACAAGUACUUGAGCAUCAUGGCCGCGGUGGCCCCAAAAGGCUCGCUCCAGGAGGAGAGAUUAAGACUCAAAGGCAAAAGUUCUCGGGCGCUGCGCAUGCUGAUCGAGCGGGCUCCCACCGACCACGGGUCGAUCCUGGAAGGUGCCAUGAAUCUAUUUUCGGCCGAGAUGUUCGCCGGGGACCCCGACGAAGCAUCGAUCCAUGGGAAGAUGAUACACAGCAUGCUGAAGAAGUCGUUUGAAGUUGGCGGCGCUGGCGCCGUCAGCCAAGAAAUGCUCCGACGCGCCAUCUACAACGACGUCUAUCUGGCCAUGCUCCACAUGCGGCGACCGAUAUUUUCAAUGGAUGGAUGGGUUCUGGAAUAUCUGGCGCCGAUCUUGGCCCCGGUGGAUGAAGCGGUCGAGCCGUUGAAAAUCUACAUGAAGGCCACCUUGGACGACUCGAUCGACACCGAGCCGGCCCAGUCGCUCCUGGUUGUCUUUCGCUUGGCCAUGGCCAUCUGGUUUCGAAAGCACUUCUUACCCCCCGAGUUCAACCGGGCCACUGCGGUGCAAUGGGUCUUUGCGCAGACCAACAUGAUCCACGUCAGAGCGCUUAACCACUACCUCGACAUGCACGAUAGGCUGGAUCGCGACGCCAAACAAUUAAGCCCUCUUGACCAUCAUAUUCUAGACCUCGUAGCUCAAUGUUGUCUAGUUCUGGGGAUCAUGUACUACAUACCCCAGUAUUCUGGCGAUCCUACCAUUCUGGACAAACCCAUCCUCGGGUGCACAAAGGUAGUCAUGAAACAGAUGCGUCAGACCAUGUUGGCCAUCUUUCCCAGCUUGAAUGUCCUGGAUCCCGAUUUCGAUCCCUCGCUCCUGAGUAAGCACGCAAACACGUAUCUCUGGGCUUUGUUCCUGGGCGCCCAAGCCGAACAGACGGAUGGCGACAUCUACCUCGACGCCUCCAGCUUCAGUCUCAGCUUCAUGUUCCGCGAGUUUGCCUUGAGAAUGAGAAUAUCCUCUUGGUCGGAGAUCCAGCAAAGGACCUCGCGCUAUGUCGAUCAUGAGUGGUUUGACAUUACACCGCACGCUUCGCUGUGGGUUCCUCAGCUGCUCGAGCAAGAGCGCGGAUCUGUUGCAGCGCCAGAGCUUGAACUGGCCCGCACCACGCAGAGACUCAGCUUCAAGUGAGCCGAAAGCAGGCCGAGAUCCGACCUUUUUUUUAUGAGUAUGCCCCUCGUUGGGCUUAUCUGUGAGACUUCCACAUCUUGGCCGAAGAAGCUCAACCUUGAUAGCCAUUCAGUGGUCUCGGACGGCUGAGCGUCAUUGGAUGCCUACGGCCUGGUGGUUGUAGCGACAGCCCAACUUCGCUCCCGAGUCGUGAUCCUGCUGUCCUCCCAGUGGUCUCGCUUCAGCACGACAUUGAAGCGUGAGCCAUAGAGCCAGCGACGAUUUCAACAUGUCGAAGAUCUGGAGAACGUACGUGCUAGCCUUCAUCUAGUGUGACGCUCGAUGGGAACGGGAAAACCGAAGAAGGCCUACGAAGCAAUCUUGGGCGAGCAUUCGGCUAGGCGCGGGCUUAAGAGUGGAAAAGUGACGUGACUGCGUCCUGCUUGAAAAGCUCUCGAGUGUAGGAGCUGAGCCUGCAGCAUCUGGAUCCAGAGGGUGCAAUCGAUACCGACGAAUGCAACACAUCCGCACACAGUUGCAGAGGGUCACUCGACUCGAUCAACACCAACGCGACGCCGAGGCAUGAGUACACACGUAUUCAGGAUGUAGGGCGUAGAGCACCACCAGGAAGGUACGGACGUCGUCACAGCUCUGCAAGCAUGGAAUCGCCCGAUCAAUAUGCUUCUUGAUUCAUGAACAUGUCCUCAAGCCAAUGCGAAACAAAUCCUGACUUUGAAAAAGGUUGGUAGACAGAAGGUGUUCGUCGGUCCGCCUUGGUUCGUCCGAUAGAGCGAGGAGCUCAGCAAAGUUCAGCAGGAUCAAGAAGAUCUGCAAGAAAGAUCCCCUUGCCGCCUAGGCCGUUGAUUGGGGAGGAAUACAACAAAGUAUUGAAUCAUUGAGCAGACUUUGAAGAAAGAAACUCUGCCAUCGAAAAGUGCAGGCUUGUAGCCAGUGCUAUCAACACGACCUGGACGAACAGCAAAGAUACAUGAAAGCACGAUUACGUUCACUUUCCUCCGCCCCUGGCUAUGCCGAUACACAUGCAAAUGCAAUGCAACUGCAGAGGACUGAGGCCACUCGCUCAGAAACUCCAUCACUCACUCAAUCCUCCUCGAUCGGCAGCCACCUCACCCUCACAGACGUCCUGGACUCUCCUUGUCGGAUCCCACAUCCUUGCUCCUCCACUCCAGACACAUCCUCGUCCCACGGCAUCGCAAACACGCACCGUUCCUCAGCCUCGCCUGUGCCGUCGUCUCUCACCACCUCUCGAACACCGCCCUCCCAGUCCCGGCGGACUUGGUCCCACAGCUUCCUCACAUCGCCGUCGCGACGGCGCAGAUGCUCUUCAGCACGCUCCUCGUGGCACUGGAUCUCUGUCUCGAGCUUCUUGAUCUGCUGCACUCCCUCUCUGGUCUCGUCGUCCGGCUCGCUUCUGCUCCCGCGGGAGGAAGACACAGUAGCUUUCUCUGCAGCUCCCAGCGCAGCAAGGCCUGACUUCAACUCUACAAGUCUCAGUUUCAAUUCCCGCACAACGGCAUCGCAUCUCUCGCGGAUCCAGGAUUCUUGUUGCGCCGCCAGCGCCAGCGUGCAGUCGAGACAGUGCGUCGGGGCAGUCAAGAAUUGUCGGACCUGCACAUCCCCGUCCGCGUUGCUCGAUGCUCGACCCGGACCCGAAUCGUCUGUUCUUCUUUCGGGUUCGACGAUUUCGGUCCUCAGCACCGCGGGCAGACGUGCAGGUCGAGGCGUCGGAGGUGUGGUGUGCGGACACUGAGGAAAAUGGACCUGAGUGUAGGGCGGGAUCGGGCUCGUGAGGGAGGACUUCCGAACAUGGGCCUGGUUCGGACGAGCGGUGCCAUCGCCGUAACUCGAGGGUGGAUGAGGACGCGACUUGCCGCCGGUGCUGCGAGAGGAGAGCGUGCGGGCGAGUCUCUUCAUCUUGCCGAGGUCUUUGCUUGGACUAUUUCUUCGGUUCGCGCCGCCCCCUGAUAGUGAGGAUGUCGAAUCUGGUACCGUCAAUCUCGAGUCGGAUAUACGAGUCGCGCGAAGGAAUGGCUAUCCUGCCUAUGCCUCGAAAUCUCGACCUCGUAAACCCUGGUGUAGACCGUUUUCGAACAAACAAAAGACACUUUCACUACCAUGACAAUGGAAUGUCAUCGCCGCGUCGAGUAUCGUCAAUGCGUGACAUGGCAUCGUGAAUCGAACCACUGGUCAUAUCACACAAUGACGACUCUCGGCCCCUGCGUUGAACAAUCGAAAGUUUCCUCCGGAUGCGGAGUCGGAAGUUGAAGACAAUGACAACGACUCGCUCGCCCCCAUUUUGUUCGCCCAACAAACAGAGGUGUCUCGAGACAAAGACUCACCUCCGCAAUGCUGCGAUCGUUCUUCUCUUUGCUCGUCGAGCGUCGUUUGCGUUGACGGCUGGCACCCUCCAAUGCUGUCACGCAGCGGUAUAGCCGGCUUCGAGAAGAGGAUAGGGCCCAUCCCCCAUUGUCCUUGCUAGGCGCACGGACUACACCAAGUAUGUGUCCCGUGCGGCAUUUCUCACAAUUGGAAGCACAAAGAUCCUGAACACGAUGAGAUUGGACAACCCUCCAACUCAGAGACAGCCAGAAAAUGAGAUGAAUGUGUCGGAAAAACCAUCGCCAUGAUAGGAGACACCAAACUUGCAGCGUAUAAACCUGUCACCAGAGAAAGCGACUGCCCAUCCCUGAACGCUGUAUAUAUGUGUAUUGCUUUGCGCCGAGGCUAGCAGCAAAGAUGGAAGAUAAGUAGACCACGCUUCCUAGACUCUUGUCCCAUUCAUCAACGUUAGCAAACCUCAUGAUAGCACAUAACUUGCC